GGAGGAUCCUUUUAUAGAGGCGAUUUGUGGUUUGAUUUAGAGGUUCCAACCACGUGACUUCUUGCAUGCAAUGCAUCACAAGCAGGCUGUAGCCAGUCUAGCCAUUAAGCAGCUGUUUUGGGACCAGGAGAAGAUGGUGAUGUUACAAUCUGAACAACAAGGCGGGGAAUCAUCUAAAGAUCCUUAUGAUGAAGUGAUGGGUAAGGAUAAGCACAAAGGACAUUUACGCCAUCAUGGAUCAAGCAUGACCAAGUCUAAGAUGCAAAGAACAGGAAAGAAGUCAAGUUAUACCCUUCCUGAAGAUUUAUUAUACAACGUGAAAGUGAAUUUGACUAGGGAAGUUGCACAAGAUGUUGCAUCUCUUGUACUUUCUCAAAUUAAGGCGGCUAAUCCCGAUAUUAGUCUUGUCAUUCCUGAUUUUGGAGUAACCCCGGUCAAAAUGGUGAGAAAGAUGGAAGAGUUUCUUCUAAAACUACUUCAGAACAUCAGAAUUGAAGAAUUGAAGAAAGGCAACCAAUGUCUUUCCCCUGUGCCGAUAAGACCCAUAGUACAACAUAAUGCAUUGAAGACUGAAAUAUGCGGUGGAAUUUCACGUACUUUUACUAUUUACUAGUAUGUAAUAUUUUGAAAUAUGCAUUUGGUUAAAUAUUUCUUACCUUUUGGUAGUAUAUGGUACUUUAUGACGUUUUAGAAACUUGCGGAUGCAAACUCAUGUAAGCUACUUGAUAUUAGUUUGAAAUACAUCAAUAUUUUGGAUGUUGAUUAUAUAUAUGUCUUAUAGUUUUGUACAUUUAAUUCCAAAAUAGGUGAUAUACGACAAUUAUUGUAUAAAAUUUAUUUACCAAUAUAAAUAUAUAUAUAUAUAUAUAUAUAUAUAUAUAUAUAUAUAUAUAUAUAUUAAUAGCGUUAUAAUUGGUAUUUUCAGAAAAUGAAUACCAGAAGCGUUACAUAUUUAGUCAAAAGUUUGUUAAUGUUACAUUAGAAUCAGAAGAAAGCCAUGUUACUAUUGAACACUAUUGUAACAGAGACUGAACCAAAUGUAACAGACUCUUUUGAUAGUAGGUAGCGUUACAAUAGAUCAAUUAGAGUGUUACAGUAGGUCAUACACCGUUACAAUAGACAUAUAUAUAGUAGCGACCGCGAAUAUAACAAGGUAAGGAGCGUUACCAUAGACCUAUUAUAACGAAAUUUGACCAUCUUGUAACGAAUUUUGGUGUUACUAUAGACCUCGAAAUGUUUCCCUCAAAAUUCAAGAAGAAGUCUCUAAGCAGCUAGAGGCCGAGUUUAUUCGAGAGUCCAACUUUUCAGUAGAUGGUGACUUUAAACAAUGGUUUUUUUGAUUGGCCCAAGUGUGGUCAGAAAGUAUUUUGGUUGUGUUUCGCCCUCAGGGCAGCAGUCUUUUGUGUUGGCUUGUUCAUGGGGACAAGUAUUGUAAAUAUUGUGAACUUCUUGAUUUAUUAGCUUUGUGUUUGGUUUGUAUGGUUUGCUUUGUUUGUGGGAUGUUUGGUUUUUUGUGUGUUUGUUUGCAGGAAACCUGGCAUUCGUACCUUGCUUCGAUCUGGCGACGUCCUCAACUUAUCAAAGGCGGUGCUGUCAUAAAAACAUGUUGGGCUUCAAAGCAAGAAGGGUAAACCAAAUAAACGUAAUUUUGUAUUUCUUUAUGUGUGUAGUGUACAACGUAGGAUGUAGUAUGUUUCCCAGGCGUUUUGUAUGGCCUACUUAGUAAUUUGUAAAAUGUAAGAAUGUAAGAUGUAUUAUGUAAUUCGUAAUUCGUACAAGUAGUUGCAAAUGUAACAUAUGAAAAUUUCUUAUGGAAAUAGAAAGUAAUGUUUUGUGUUCA